AUGCAUACAUUUAAAUCCGAAUAUAUUCGAACACCAACAGGCGACGAUAUCGAAAGAAAAGAUUUGGAAUUACGGAAUGUGAGAAGCAGCGAUGAACAAAAUCGAACCGUAUUGGAUACGCAAGAAGAAAAGCAUCAUUUGGGGCUGCGGCCAUGGUGGAAACAAACUCGAAAUAUGGGCUUUGUUAUGUUGCUUAUUUUUCUUGUCAGUAUUAGUAUUAUUGGAUAUAUUGGUUAUCACAUAUUGAACACAAGCAAUACACUUGCAGUUCAAAAGCAAGACGAUUUCAAUGAUGGCAAUGAUCAGAGUGAACAACUUCCCCAAUUGCGACUGUCGUCGUAUGAUGAAGAAUCUGACGGACCUGAAAUUGUCGGUCACAUGCGUCUUUAUUUUCGAGAAUCAAUCCGAACUGGUGGUCGAUCAUCUUCUCAUCGACUUUAUGUUCCUGUCGCACGAUAUAAUAGACGACACUUUCCCUUAGAAGGUCCAUUUAUUAAUUUAAUGCCACGGAUUCCAAUCUUUUCCAAUCGACGAGAUAAACAAACAAUUAUCAAUACUAAACACGGCUUAUACGUGCUACCGUCGCUGAUUAAUAGAUAUGGGAAACGUUUUUCGAUUGCAGAAUUGAUUGCAUCGGGCUAUAUCAGUCUAACAAGUAGUGGUAGACGGCCAAAUGGGAACAUUGAUAUGGUUACAUUAUUUCAAACAAAUUCCUUGAAAGGUCCAGAAAUACCAAAAAUUGAUCCAUCAACAAAUAGAUUCAUGGGUGAUAUUCGUACAAACUAUGGCUCGUUUUCUAUACCUAGACAAUCAGAAACAGUGAUUGAGCAUAUAUCCGACUACAAAGAAGAUGAUGACAAUGAUAGUGAUGAUUAUGAAGAGAAAGAAGAAAGAAAUACUUACCGAGAAUCCCCAAAUCGAUAUAAAAGUAGACAAAAACCACGAACUCAUUAUCGACCUACGUCAAAACGUUCAAGUAAUGGAUCUUCAGUGAAGUAUCCAACAACAACAAAACCAACGGAAACGACGACUAAACGUCCAUUGAGUCGAAAGGAAUUUGAUAUCAGUCGGUAUUGGGGAAACUUAUCUCCAUAUCGUCCAUCAAACGGAUUUGGAGUUAAAUACAAUGAAAUUCCUUCCGAUUGCACUACGUCUCAAGUUCAUAUCUUGCAUCGGCAUGGUCAACGAUUUCCAAGCGGAACCUUCGAUGACGGUGGAAACACUCAACGAUUCGCUGACAAAGUUACAAACGAUUCUCGUUAUGGGAAACUCCGUGCGACUGGUUCACUUGCCUUUCUGAAUAAGUACGAAUAUAAGUUAGGUCUUAAUUUAUUGACUGCCAUCGGUUCAACGACAGCAUUCACUUCUGGUUCCAACUUUUGGACACGAUAUGGACGAUUUCUGUAUGAGAAUAUGAGUAACUCUACUCAAUGGAACGACAGUCUCAACGUUUUUGCUGAUGGAAGUCCACGGCGAAAACCAUUUAUACGAACAACUAGUCAAACUCGAAUAUAUGAAUCAGCAAGAUGGUGGGCUUCUGGAUUCUUUAAUAAUCCAGAUGGAGGAUCAUCAAAUACAAGUUAUGAUCUCUUGAUUAUACCUGAAGGCGGAACAGAGAACAAUACACUUGCGUCAUAUGAUUCGUGUACUAAUUAUAACGAUCCCACUAUUGUGUUCAUUGGAGAUACCGCUCAGGCUGUGUUUUAUAAUAACUAUCUUAAAGAUGCUGUUGGAAGGUUUUCAACUCAUCUUAAUUCCGAUUUCAAUUUAACAGCAAUGGAUGUAUACGCAAUGCAAACUAUCUGUCCAUAUGAGGUGGCGUACUUCGGCAGUUCAGACUUUUGUAGUUUAUUUACAGAUCAAGAAUGGAUUGAUUUCGGCUAUUCUCUCUCAAUUCAAUUCUAUGGAGAUUACUCAUUUGGAAAUCCUACUGGUCGAGCACAAGGUAUCGGAUAUGUUCAAGAACUGUUGGCCCGUCUUCAAAAUCGGUAUAUCGAUAUCAGUGAAAGCUCUGUGAAUUCAACUCUUGAUAAUAAUCCUACUACUUUUCCUUUGGGACAGCCUUUCUAUUUGGACUAUAGUCAUGAUGAUAUCAUCGUUUCGGUAUUGACUGCUCUUGGUAUGGAAUACUUCAAAGGUCCCAGUACCGAUCUCCCCUACGACAUUCCUCAUGCACCAAAUCCUCCUGAAAAUUUUGAUCUUUCACAAAUGACACCAUUUGGAGCUCGAUUAUUCACUGAAGUUCUAACUUGCUCUUCAUCGAAUCCCAAAGUGAAAAAAACGAAAUCAACCGUUUAUUCAAAACCGAAUAUUACAGAUGGAAAAAAAUUCAUUCAAGAUUUUCUUGUUGCAACAGCUAAAACUAAUGAAGAAGCACAAUAUGCUGCUGCUUGUUUUGAAGAUUAUGCAGCAAAAAAAUUGAUCACUUCACAAGUUUCAAAUGGUAACUUGGAUUCAACUGACGCAGCUCGUAAAUGA